CGCCCCCAUUUUCUGGUAGAUGGGGAUGGAUCGGAUGGAUACGUAUCGGAUCUGGGCGGCAUUUUGGUUAGGUGUUGGGGUCGGAUCGUGGCGGAUCUGGAUCUACGGAGUAAGUACGUACUUGUGGUUGCUUGUUUGUUGGUAUGGGAUGGGAGCGGAAUCUGUACAGUCGUUGUAGGUGUAGGUAUAUAUUGCGUGUUAAUAAACUGGAAAAGGAUUGUCAGUGGUAAUAGGUAUUUCCGGGAUUGAAGGGUUUCCGGGGAAAGAAAGAAAAGAAAGAAGGUCGCUUCCUCUUCCCCAUGUCGGUCCGUAGGGUUGUGGUUGUGUCUGUGUCGCGUGUCGCGUGUCCUGGGCGAAGGGGGUAGUGGGGUUCUACGUCACUCGAUGCGAUGGUAGCAAAUGCCGGUUAGAUUUUCUGUUCUUUAGUCUGGAGUAGUCGAGACGCGAUGCAGUAUCUAGUAGACUUGACGGGCUGGAGUGGGGGUGUUGUGGUAAGUAGUCCGGGUGUAUGGGGUGAUAAGUAUUUAGACGACG